CACAUAGUUGAGCUUCAUCCUCUGGUGCAGUUCUGCUGUUUGUUUUCCUGCAGCCAGGACACACUGGAAACAGAUUUGCCAUGAAUAAUACCGGGUACAGCAAACCAGGAAAAACUUUCCUUUUUACAUCGGAAUCUGUCGGUGAAGGUCAUGCUGAUAAAAUGUGUGAUCAGAUAAGUGAUGCUGUUUUGGACGCAUAUCUUUCCCAAGACCCUGACUCCAGAGUGGCAUGUGAAUGUGUAGCUAAGACUGGUAUGAUCCUACUUUGUGGAGAAGUGACAUCAAAGGCAGUAGUCGAUCUUCAGAAAGUGGUCAGAAACACUGUGAAGAGUAUUGGAUAUGACGACUCAUCCAAAGGUUUUGACUACAAGACCUGCAAUGUGCUUGUGGCCUUGGAGCCACAGUGUGCUGAGAUUAGUGACUGUGUGUUCGAAGGCCGUGAUGAGGAGGACAUUGGUGCUGGUGAUCAGGGAUUAAUGUUUGGCUAUGCAACAGAUGAGACAGAGGAAUGCAUGCCGUUGACCAUCCUCCUGGCUCAUAAACUAAAUUGUAGAAUGAAAGAGCUGUCAAGGAAUGGAGAAUGUCCCUGGAUUCUACCUGACUGUAAAUCACAGGUUACAGUGGAAUAUUGUGAUAACAAGGGAGCGAUGGAGCCAAUUCGAAUUCAUACAGUGGUCAUCUCAGUCCAACAUAAACCCCACAUUACUUUAGGAGAGAUUCGAGAAAAUUUAAUGGAAAAAGUGAUUAAAGCAGUAAUUCCAACCAAAUACCUUGAUGACAAAACUAUAUAUCACCUGCUUCCAAGUGGAAAAUUCCUAAUGGGUGGCCCCCAGGGAGAUGCAGGUCUUACAGGCAGAAAGAUCAUUGUUGACACAUAUGGUGGUUGGGGUAGUCAUGGAGGUGGUGCUUUUUCUGGGAAGGAUUGCAGCAAAGUGGAUCGUUCUGGAGCUUAUGCUGCACGCUGGGUUGCCAAAUCACUUGUAAAAGCCAAGCUAUGCAGAAGAGUACUGGUACAGAUCUCGUAUGCCAUUGGCAUAAGCCAUCCUUUAUCAAUCUCAAUAUUCCAUUAUGGGUCAUCCUCCAGAGAUGAAGAUGAGCUUCUGGAAAUUGUUCAGAAGAAUUUUGACUUAAGACCAGGUGUAAUCGUCAAAGAGCUUGGUCUGAAAAAACCCAUUUUUCAGAAGACUGCUAGCUUUGGACAUUUCGGAGAGAGGAAUUUCCCUGGGAAAAGCAAAGAAACUGGUGCUUUAGCCACAAGGAAAACCUUUCUCUACAUAUCAUAAGCAUUUUAAUGAUUGUUUAUUAAUUCCAUUGGAGGACGAAAUACACAAAUCAUGUAUUUGAGUUAAAGUAGAGCUACACCAGGUAAAAUAUUACCCCAGUAAAAUUAAAUCCAUUUCGAUUAAAUCAGAUCCACUUAAACAAAAGUAGAAAAGUAUUUGUCUUUACAUGUACAUAAGUGUCCAAAGUACUAUGAUUCAUUAUGGCUAUAGUUCAUAGACUGGAACAUAAAAACUGAUUUUUAAGACCAAAUAUUUUAUGAAAUCCAUUUUUUUUAAAGCAAUAAAAUAAAAAAUAAAAAUAAUUAAAUUACAGUUUUUUGUGUAAUUACCUACUGCACAAUGGUUACACAGUUCACCUUGGCCAUAUAGUUUAACUCAGGUUUUAUAUUACCUUUACGAAUGUUAGUGUUUUAAUAAAUUUUCUGUCACCCAAUCACUGGAGUGUUGGAUAGCCAUGAUUGGAAAAUAAGAGCUGAUAACAAAAUAGUUCCUAAGAGAAUUAAUUGUUUGUAUUUAAAAUUAACAACAUACAAACGAUGUAAAAAAGGAAAUGUAAAUUUAAUAAUUACUCUGUAUUUGUUGGGACCAAAUAACUUUCUUUUUCUUAUUGGCCCAAUAACAUAAAGUAGGCUUGACCAACAGAGGAUGGAUUUGUUUCAUUGACCCCUGGGUUUAGAAGCCCAAGCAAACUUCUGCUGCACCACUCUGCUGAAAGAUCACACCUGAUGGGACACAGUCUGACACUUUU